AUGAAAAUGGCAAAGACACACCAAAUAGUGGUUGAAGGGAGUUUAUGGGGAAUCAGAAACACCUUUUAUUCUUCUCUGGUCAUCUUAGCCGCCCUUAUAGUUGCCACUACCAUCUAUCUUAGAAAGGAUAGGGGACACUUGUUUAGAGAAAUAAGUGUUCCUAGUGAUUCUUCAACAUCACAAUGUAACUUGUUCUCUGGUAAGUGGGUUUUUGAUAAUGAAUCUUAUCCAUUAUACAAAGAGAAGCAGUGCAGCUUCAUGUCAGAAGAAGUGGCUUGUGAGACGUUUGGAAGGAAAGACCUUAGUUACCAGAAUUGGAGAUGGCAACCUCACCACUGUGAUCUUCCAAGGUUCAAUGCCACAGCAUUGCUUGAAAGACUAAGGAACAAGAGACUUGUGUUUGUGGGGGAUUCACUCAUCAGAGGCCAAUGGGUUUCCAUGGUUUGUCUUGUUGACUCUAUACUUCCCAAAACCCUCAAAUCCAUGCAUUCCACUGCUAAUGCUUCACUCAACAUUUUCAGGGCCAAAGAAUACAAUGCAAGUAUUGAGCACUAUUGGUCCCCAUUACUUGUAGAAUCAAACUCAGAUGACCCAGUAAACCAUAGGGUGGUAGAACGCACAGUGAGAGUGAAGGCAAUAGAAAAACAUGCGAAGUAUUGGACUGAUGCAGAUUUUCUGGUAUUCAACACAUAUCUGUGGUGGAGAAGGCCAGUCAUGAAUGUUCUGUGGGGGUCAUUUGGAGACCCAGAUGGUAUAUACAAAAAGGUUAAAAUGUUGAGAGUGUAUGAAAUGGCCCUUAGGACCUGGUCUGAUUGGUUGGAAGUGCAUGUGAAUCGUAACAAGACCCGGUUGUUUUUCGUUAGCAUGUCACCCAUUCAUAAAAGGGCUGAGGAAUGGGGAGAAGCUAAUGGUAACAAUUGUUACAACGAAACAGAUAUGAUUACAGAAGAGGGGUAUUGGGGGCAGGAUUCUGAUCUUAAAAUGAUGCAUGUGGUGGAGAAUGUGGUUGAUGAUUUGAAAGCAAGAGGUUUGAAUGUUGAAAUGCUUAACAUCACACAGCUCUCAGAAUACAGGAAAGAAGGACACCCAUCUAUCUACAGGAAGCAGUGGUAUCCUCUAACCAAAGAGCAAAUUGCAAACCCAAAAAGUUAUGCAGAUUGCAUACAUUGGUGCCUCCCUGGAGUUCCUGAUGUGUGGAAUGAACUCCUUUAUGCCUAUAUUUUCCAUCAAUAACAUAAAGCUACAGGAUAACACGUAUGUGUAGAAAAUUUAGUGAACUUAAAGUUAUGGUAAUUGUUGGAUUAAUAAAAAUCAAAUUUUGUGCACAAUUAUUGAUGACGCGAAAAUAAACCAAACUU